GGGUGAAAUCCUCAAGGCGCCUGCGCAGAGCGGGCAAGAUGAAGGUGGCGGUUGCAGGCUGUUGUCAUGGCGCGCUGGACAAACUCUUCGAGACGCUGCACUUCCUGGAGGAGCGCCGCGGCCAGGCCCUGCCCGACCUGCUCCUCUGUGCCGGGGACUUCCAGGCCGUGCGCGACGCCGGGGACCUGCUCUGCAUGGCCGUGCCCGCCAAGUACCGCGAGAUGGGCGGCUUCGCCCGGUAUUACUCAGGAGAGAAGAAGGUCCCUGUCCUGACCAUCUUUAUUGGGGGAAACCAUGAAGCCUCCAACCAUUUGCAAGAGCUACCAUACGGUGGAUGGGUGGCACCCAACAUCUACUACCUUGGUUAUGCUGGUGUAGUCAAGUAUCGUGGGGUAAGGAUUGGUGGACUCUCUGGCAUCUUUAAAUCUCAUGAUUACAGAAAAGGUCACUUUGAAUGCCCACCAUACACCCAGCAGACACUAAGAAGUGUCUACCAUGUGAGAAACAUUGAAGUCUUUAAGCUAAAACAGCUAAAACAACCUAUGGAUGUAUUUAUGUCCCAUGACUGGCCAAGAAGCAUCUAUCAUUAUGGAAACAAGAAGUUACUCCUUAAAAAGAAAUCCUUCUUCCAGCAAGAAGUGGAGAGCAACACUUUGGGGAGCCCUGCUGCCUCAGAGCUUCUGGAGCACUUGAAACCCGCCUACUGGUUCUCAGCACAUUUACAUGUGAAAUUUGCAGCAUGGAUGCAACACAAGACCAAUGGCAAAGAACAGGAGGCAAAGACAACAAAAUUUCUGGCCCUGGAUAAAUGCCUGCCUCACAGAGACUUCCUGCAGAUUGUAGAGAUCCCACAUGACCCAAAUGCAUCUAAUCACCUUGAAUAUGAUCCUGAAUGGAUUGCUGUUUUGAAAGCUACUAAUAAUCUCAUCAACAUAUCUGCAAAUUCCUGGAAUAUGCCUGAAAACAAUGGACUUUAUGAAAAGUGGGACUACAGUGUUUCAGAAGAAGACAUCAGGGGCGUUUUGGAAGAAGCAAACCAUGAUCUUCAGGUUCCAGAUAAUUUCAGUGCUAUCGCUGCUUGUUGUGAUGCAAACACAUCCCAGCAACACAUAAAACCAGUUCAUCGAAUCAAUCCCCAGACCACAGAAUUCUGUGCACGGUUUGGACUUACAGACAUUAAUGCCAAAAUCCAGCAGCUGAAAGAAGAUAUCUUGGGACACAGAGAUGAUAGUGAGGAGGAAGAAGAAGAGGCCAUAGACAGCACUGGGUCUACAGAAGAGCCUAGUGACUGUAGUGCAAAUACUUCUGCUUUGUCAUCAUCUGUCAACCCUGAUGAAAUAAUAUUAGAUGAAGAUAGUGCUGAGGAUGAAGAUCCAGAGACCUCAUUGGACCCAACGUCUGAGAAGUCUUCUAGCAUCUCUGCAACAUUUUCUGAUGUCAGGAUCCUCCCAGAUUCAAUGACAGUGUCACCAAGUGAUACUGUUGACCCUCUGGGCGAUGAAUUGGAGACAUCAAAUGAAAAGAAACACCCAGAAGAGCAAAGUCCUGGUGAGAACUUACUGAAAAGGAUAAGUGGUGAAAAGAAAGAAGAAAACAGUGGCCCAAAGAGAAUUAAAAGGCGAAAUCAAGCUAUCUAUGCUUCCAAAGAUGAAGAUGAAGUAGAAUGAGUAAUCUCUUCAUUGACUGAGGGUAAUCUUUUACUGCGAUUUCUAUCUACAAUAGAUAGGAUGGUUGGGGUUGAUUUAUUUUGCAGUGCUGUAUAGCAUUGAUAUUUUAAUUAAAAACAAUAAACUAUUAUUUUUGAAGUCAGUCAGAUUUGACAUGGGGCACAAAUAUAAAUGGGAAGAAAACCCUGUUAAAGAUUUUGUAAGUGAAAAGCAAGCAUGGAGCCUUUUGCAUUUUUACAUUGUCUUCCCAAACAAAUAUAGGAUUUCUAAAGAUAUUUUAGUAAAAGAUAGGAAAAUG